UUCAGACGCGACUCCGUGGACUGAUGGAGACAUGGCCACCUCGCAGCGCCUCAUCCCCCCAAAAAAGCAGCUACUUUCUUCCCUGUGACUGCACGCCGAGCUCUGCCCGACUGCCGACUCUUUAGUGUCCGACAAGCGCUCAGUGGAGCGCCGCUGCGGUGGUCUCCUCCGGUGCAUGUCUGAAAUGCACUAACACCACGCUGUUCGCCGACUGAUGUGCUCAUGUUUAAGAACAUAAGGGCAAUGCUGGGACGCGAAGACUCUCACCUGGACCUCUAGCAACAUUUCCCCACCCGUCAUAUCCGCUCGGUUCGGACUCCUGAGCGCACACCGCGUCUCCAGGCGCUGCUUUUUUACGCAGCAGCCGUGUCGCCGAUUUGAGCGCCAGAAGGAGGGGGUGGGGGUGGGGGGGGGAAACAACUCAACACGUGCAGGCUUAUUGUUUGUAUGUGGACGUGUACUAUUUUACAAUAUGUGGAGGUUACUGCAAACGUGUUACUGCUGCUGCUGGAUUUUCUCGGCAGUCGUACCCUCAUCAGAGUGUCAUCGCGUGCUGACAGGAAACCAAGGUGAGUCCUGUGCCCCUGUCCAAGGCCUUCGUACAGCCAUGGCUGGUGAGACACGACUGCGGAGAGCUGCUACCGAAGAGACCUACUGGGCCUACUCAGGUAUAUAUGGACCAGAUGAGGGCUGGGCAUCAGCCUACCCAGAAUGUAAGGAGAAAAACCAGUCACCAAUAAACAUUGUGGACCAAGACGCUAAAAUCUCCACUGAGUUUCAGGAAAUUACACUGGAGGGCUUCGAUACUGAAUCUUCAAAUAAGACGUCUAUGAAGAACACUGGCAAAACAGUGGCCAUUAUGCUCAAAGAUGAUUAUUUUGUGAGGGGAGCAGGCCUACCAGGGAGAUUUAAGGCAGAGAAAGUGGAGUUUCACUGGGGGCCAAGCAACGGAUCAGAGGGCUCUGAGCAUAGCAUCAAGGGCCGGCGUUACCCAGUGGAGAUGCAAAUCUAUAUGUACAACUCGGAUGACUUUGACAGCCUCAGUGGAGCACUUAAGGAGAAGAGAAUCAUCGCAGCCAUGGCAGUUUUCCUUCAGGUUGGAGGAAAAGACAACCCUGCUGUUGAACCUAUAAUUCAUGGCUUAAAGGGUGUGGUCCAUCAUGAAAAAGAGACUUUGUUGGAGCCUUUUGUGCUAAAGGACCUGCUGCCAUCCUCGUUGGACAGCUACUAUCGCUACACGGGCUCCCUGACUACUCCUCCCUGCAGUAAAAUUGUGGAGUGGAUCAUCUUCAGCAGACCAAUCUACGUCUCCUUCAAACAGUUAGAGGCUUUUUACUCAAUCUUCACCACGGAGCAACAGGACCAUGUUAAGUCAGUGGAAUAUCUACGCAGCAACUUCAGACCAAUUCAGAGCCUGGACAAUCGCCAUGUUUUCAAGUCAGCGGUCAAAGACGCCUGGCUGCCUGACCUGUCUCACAGUGGGAGUGGGCCUUAUGGCACAGAGUCUUCCAGAGUGUGCAGCAGUGCUCCCGUAAACAUGAAGGUGCAACACGUGAACGUAAGCGCCCUGGUGGUUCGCUGGGCACGUCCAGAGGUCAUCUACCACCCACCGAUCCUCCACUUUCUGGUGUCCUACAGCUGGACAGCUCACGAUGACAGCUAUGAGGAGACACACCUUACUGAUGCAAAACACAAACUGGAGGCUGUCAUCUCACAUGUCUCACCGGAUGUGCUUUACCUUUUUCGGGUUCAGGCUGUCUGCACCAAUGACAUGCGCAGUGAUUUCAGUCAGAGCAUGCUCUUCAGAGCAAACACCACUAGGAUCUUUGAGGGAACACGGAUCGUGAAAACCGGAAUGCCAACAGUUUCACCAGCCUCUUCAGCCGACAUGGCCCCUAUUUCCUCUGGUUCAUCUACCUGGACCUCCUCAGGCAUUCCCUUCUCCUUUGUCUCCAUAGCGACAGGAAUUGGCCCUUCCUCCAGUGGUAGUCAGGCAACGGUGGCAUCUGUCGUAAUCAGCACUUUACUAGCUGGACUUGGCUUCAGUGGAGGAGUCAUUUCCUCUUUUCCUAGCUCAGUUUGGCCCAGCAGAGCACAAACAUGCAAUCUCACACCACAGCCCAAUGAACACACCAUGCCCAGCAAGGAUGUCAGCACUCCUGUUGUCAAAAAAUCCUCAGAGAAAGAGAAGAGUGAGAUAGGGAAUGAAGGCAGAGACAAUGACACGUGUCAAGAAGAUGAUAGAGAAAGAGAAGAGGAGGAUAAAGAGGAAGAAGAGGAAGAGGACAAAAAUGAGAAGAAACGAAAGAAGGGGCCGGUAGAGUUGGUAGAGCAAGGGAGAAAGUAUGACAGUCUAGAUGGGAAUGAUCCAGCUUGUGGCAAACCCAACCCUACGGCAAAAGAGAAAGAAAGGAAGGGACCAGAUCCAAUUCAUAGGCCAACUGCUGUAGAAGACCUCCGGGUGGUCUUCAACCUCUGUGUAUUUGUCCAUAACCACACCACUGUUACCACAUUCUUGGUUCCUGAGGGUUACCCAUUGAUGCUUAGGCUGCAACCAGGGGAGGCCAGUGAACGUCUGCCCAUCUCCAUCCAUACUGUGACCAACUGGACCUACCAAGUGAGAAAUAGAUCACGGCUGGACCAUGUGCACUGGAUGACACCUUUGAUGGUGGUCUCAUCUCUAUCCUUCCUCUGUCUUGCUCUGCUCCUUGCUGUACUCUUAUAUUGGAGGGGUUGUUUCCAAACAACACAUCUCUAUGUGGAGGACAGCAGUUUGCCCAAGAUGGUGGCCAAUGAGACGGCACCUGUUGCCCCCAUCGCAGAUGAUACAAAAGUCAUUCAUGUGAAGCACUUCAUCAAGCAUGUCUCAGAACUCUCCUCGAAUAACUUGCAUGGAUACUCACAGGAUUUUGAGGAGGUUCAGCGCUGUACUGCAGAAAUAAAGAUCACAUCGGAAAACUCCAACCAUCUUCAAAACAAGCAUAAGAAUAGAUACAUCAACAUAGUGGCCUAUGACCACAGCAGAGUGAAGUUAAUCAUGUUAGAGGGAAAGGACUCCAAACACACGGACUACAUCAAUGCCAACUAUGUAGAUGGUUACAAUAAGCCCAAGGCUUACAUUGCAGCCCAGGGUCCACUCAAGUCUACCUUUGAGGAUUUUUGGCGGAUGGUGUGGGAGCAGAAUACAGGCCUCAUUGUCAUGAUCACUAACCUAGUUGAAAAAGGACGAAGAAAAUGUGACCAGUACUGGCCAACAGAGAAUAGUGAAGAAUAUGGCAGCUUAGUUGUUACACUAAAAAGCACCAGAGUUCAUGCUUGCUACACUGUUCGACAUUUUACACUGCAUAACACUAAAGUGAAAAAGGGUGGAAAGGGGCACCCAAAGACACGGGCUCAGACUGAGCGGAACGUGCUCCAGUAUCAUUAUACGCAGUGGCCCGACAUGGGUGUUCCUGAAUACACCUUGCCUGUCCUCACAUUUGUUCGCCGGUCCUCUGCUGCCCAAACACCUGAUAUGGGGCCGAUGGUUGUCCACUGCAGUGCGGGAGUGGGUCGCACAGGGACCUAUAUCGUCAUUGACAGCAUGCUGAACCAGAUCAAGGACAAAAACACCAUUAACGUAUUCGGCUUUCUGAAACACAUACGUACUCAGCGCAACUACCUCGUCCAGACUGAGGAGCAAUACGUAUUUAUCCAUGAUGCCUUGACGGAAGCCAUCUUGAGCAAGGAGACUGAGGUUGCAGCCAGCCACCUUCAUCACUACACAAACACCAUCAUGACACCAGGGCACAGUGGUCAGAAACGUGUGGAGAAACAGUUUAAGUUGAUUACACAGUGCAAUGCCAGAUUCAUGGAGUGCUUCAAUUCUCAGAAGGAGUCCAACAAAGAGAAAAAUAGAAUAUCCUCUGUGGUGCCAUCGGAACAAGCCAGGGUGAGCUUAGUACCUUUGCCUGGCAUCAAGGGGAGCGAUUACAUUAACGCCUCUUACAUCAUGAGUUACUACCGUAGUAAUGAAUUCAUCAUUACCCAGCAUCCUUUGCCCCACACCACAAAAGAUUUCUGGAGAAUGAUUUGGGACCAUAAUGCACAAAUCGUUGUCAUGCUGCCUGCCAACCAUGGACUGGCAGAGGAUGAGUUUGUGUAUUGGCCCAGUUGGGAGGAGGCCAUGAACUGCAAAGCCUUCACCGUUACCCUCAUCAGCCAAGACACACUCUACUUGACCAAUGAAGAACAGAUUAGCAUCCACGACUUCAUCCUGGAAGCUACACAGGACGAUUAUGUAUUAGAGGUGCGUCACUUUCAGUGCCCCAGGUGGCCAAAUCCCGAUGUGCCCAUCAGCAGUACCUUUGAGCUUAUUAACAUCAUCAAGGAAGAGGCAGCCAUCCGAGACGGACCAACCAUCAUCCACGAUGAGUUUGGAGCAGUAUCGGCGGGUUUGCUGUGUGCCCUCAACACACUGUCUCAGCAACUGGAAAGUGAGGGGGUUGUCGAUGUCUAUCAAGUGGCCAAGAUGAUCAACCUAAUGAGGCCAGGAGUCUUCACAGACAUGGAUCAGUACCAGUUCCUGUACAAAGCCCUCCUCAGUCUUGUCCACACCAAGGAGAUCAGCUUCGGGCCUCUGGACAUUACUCAGCCCUUGGCAUCCUUGUCUGAUCAAUCCGACCAAGCAGAAAGUAGAGAAUCACUGGUGUGAGGGCCAGAACUGGACUGAGGAUAUUACGUGUCUCCAAACAUCCUGCACCUCUUCGACUCCUGGGGUGCUCAUAGGAGGCAUUUAACUUUAUGAUUCCUCGACACAGCAAAAAGCAGAGUAGGUGAAACACAGUGAAAGAGCAACUUCAUCUUGAUUUUGAAAAGACUUUACCAAAAGUUUCUGGUACUGAUCAGUUCUAGUUCCUGAAUAGGACCUCCAUCCCCUUGCACCACAUCUGUAUUCCCAUCAGAAUCCUCAGCUCAAUGUUUCAUCACACAGACAACAGAAACAAGAUGUCUACAUUUUUCUACAGUUAUCUUUCAUAAAUUGGCAACCUAUGAAUUCUGUUUGUGGAAAUACAGCCCACAACAUUUUGUAUGUGUCUUGCAAAUGUAUCGUCUAAAACAAACGGGGAAAAAAAGCACACGGGAUAUUCAUAUCUGAGAGUGAGAUGUAAAAAUCAAUGACCACGCAUUACAUUAUACUGUAUGUGUGAAACAUUAUACUGUUUCACACAGCUCGUCACACGAGCAACUCAUCGUAAGUUCAAGUAUGCCAUAUGUUGAAAAUGAAACCUUAAAUUCAAGUUGCAUUGAAAGAUACACUCAACUGUUGUGUCAAAUGGCAGGUAGCUCUGCUAAAUCUCCUUGGAAUUACAGAAUAUGAAGUUCGUACGAUGAAUGUGCAUGAUUCGCCUUCUCUUGAUCUGGGAAGUAGGCAUUGUGGCAUAUGAAAUUUCCCAUUCUAAGCUGAGACAUGUUCCUUGCACUUGAAGAGUUUCUGCAAGCUAAAUUGCUGAUCUAUCAUUUCUUCAUUAAUAUAAUUCCUAUUGAAAACUAUGAUAGUGCCGUUGUUUAAGCACACACACAGCUGUACCGUGCAUAAGAAAUGUAUAUAUUUUGUUGCUUGUAACGGCACCAUUCCCUGAGAACUGUGUUGACGGGAUCAGAGUAAAUGCUUUGUAAUUUUAAAUUAUAUGUUCUAUUUUCUCUCUUGUCUACAGCAAUUUUCAAUUUCCUGAAUAAUGUAUACAAAAUGCUUCUGGCUUUUUUUUUUUUUUUAUUAUUAUUAUUGUUUUAAUCUGAGUCACUUCUGAGUACAUGCUGUUAGUUUUUACCAGCUUUUGGUAAUAAUUAUAUUUCACUUUCCAGCUGCGCACCCUUCAUGUAAAAUCAGGCAGUAAUUGUGAUAUUACAAUUAAGAUGGAUUUGUUUUCUUGUUCUUUUUGUUAAUAGCUAUAUGAAAUCAUUCUACUAUAGUGUUAUUUAAUAUGUAAAUUGUAUUGCUAUACAUACAAUAAAAUAUGUUCUGGAGUU